UUUCCCUUUUCUUUUUCCAUUUGCCACAUUUACAAAUUUAAAAGCACAAAUAUUUGAUUUAAAAAGCUUUACCACACACUAACAUGAUUUGUUUAUAAAAAUGUUCAGUGUAUGAUUUUCCAUCAAGUGGGAGGAUACGAACACAAGAUGAAAAAGGCUUCAGCGGAAAAUCAGAUCAGACAACGAAUGCUUGAUGGAAAUGAUUCACAUGUACGUUUUGUUCCAGUUGAUCUGGUGGCUACCAAAUGGUGUGUUUGCUAAGAAUGUGUCUGUGUCAGUGUCAGUGACUGAAGGAGAUAAUGUUACUCUAAACUCUGGUGUUACUGAAAUACAUAAAGACGACAUACUGUGGAAUUUUGUAGCCGAAAACUCUUUAAUAGCUAAAAUUACGACGGAGAAGCAAAACUUCACAUUUUAUGGCCCUGAUAGGAGAUUCAAAGACAGACUGAAGCUGGACAGUCAAACUGGAUCUCUGACCAUCAUGAACAUCAGAUCUGAACAUGCUGGAGAUUAUAAGCUAGACAUAAGUGGAUCAAAACUGAUUUCAAAAACAUACAGACUUUCUGUUUAUGCUCGUCUGCCUGUUCCUGUCCUCAUCUUCAACUCUUCUCAGUGUUCUUCCUCCCAGUAUAACUGUUCAGUGGUGUGUUCAGUGGUGAAUGUGAGUGCUGUGAGUCUCUCCUGGUACAAAGGAAACAGUUUAUUGUCCAGCAUCAGUGUGUCUGAUCUCAGCAUCAGUCUCUCUCUACCUCUGGAGGUGGAAUAUCAGGAUAAAAACACCUACAGCUGUGUGAUCAACAACACCAUCAGCAACCAGACCACGCAUCUCAACACACUCUGUCAGAAGUGUGAAGCAAACUCACAGUCUCAUUCUCAACAAGAUGUGCAUGUACAAGUUCUGACCUCCGCUGCUGGAUGUCUAUUGAUUGUGUGUGCAAUUGGGAUCAUCUGGAUUCACAGAAAAUGUAGAAAACCUAAUAAAGAAGGCAAGUGUCUGCUAAUAGCAGAUGAUCUGAAUAAGGUGUGUUUGGGUAAGGAGACACGGAAAACGUACAGAGCUGGUGGUCCUCCAGGAACGGGGUUGAGAAACACUGCUGUGGAGUAUCACAACAGCUGUGAUUUGGUUGAUAUAUAG